AUGGGCAAUUCCAGUUCGGCGUUGCCGUAUUCGAUCGACAAUCAAGUGGGGUCCGAUGACUUUGGUUGGAACAUUCACCAGGGAACCAAGAAAUCGGACAAGUCUCCAGUAUCAGUCUUUGUGGGCAAGAAGCCGACCCUGAUCAAGACCCCGGCCGACAAAUCCGGUCGUAAUCGUGGCAUGAUGCAGCUGCAACCGGCUCUGCAUCAUUUUCAACAAUGCAAACGAGUGCGCCAUCCUCAUAUUUUGGAAGUCUACGCCACGCUCGACACGGACAAUCCAGAUGCCGAUUCCAGUGUAUCCAGUGGCGUGGAUCCCAAAACGGCCACGGGAGAUCUGAUCAUUGUCACUGAACCCUGUGUGUCGUUGCAGACUUGGUUGCAGAAUAAUCGACCAUCGGACGAACAGCUAGCGUGGGGUCUGCAAUCCAUGAUCCAAUCGCUGCACUUUCUCCACAAUUCGGCCAAAUUGGCGCAUGGCUUGGUGGCUCCAACGUCGUUUUACGUCAAUCGAGCCGGUGACGUAAAAUUGUGGAAUUUUUGUUUGGCCACUCCCAUUGGAGACAAUUUGGGACCAGAUCGACAUUUUCGAGAAUGGGAUGCUGUGCUCUGUCCUCCGACCUAUCGAUCUCCCGAGCGAGUCGAGCAGCGAUGGGAAGCCAUUCAAACUGCCGGAAUUCAUGCCAUGGAUAGUUACAGUCUGGGAAUUCUCAUUGGAAAUUACUAUCAAGCGGCAGGACAUGCCAACAUUCCAGCGCCGCUCCAAAAAGCCACGCAACGAUUGCAAACACCCAAUUUACGAAUGAGACCACGAUUGCAGCCACUGCUCAAGUGUCCCAUCUUUACGUCGCCCUAUCAAACGCUACAAUCGCAAAUAUCCGAAGUAUCCAUCCAACCCGUCGAACAAAAGGUCGUUUUCUGGCAAAAUCUGGGAACACAAAUGCUCAACACGGGUCCCAACAGUGGCGUGGUCGACCAAAACAUGGCAGUCUACAAAUUGUUGCCAUUGAUUCAAAAUGUCAUUCAAACCAUUUGUACAAAUGAAGCAAUGAUGUCCCAAGAUUUGUACCGAAGAGAGGUUCUGGCGGUGUUGACACCUCUCUUUUUCAUUGGAGAAAACUAUCUCACAGCUGAUAAUUUCUCCAAAGAAAUGAAACCGCUCAUUGGACUGCUCUUUAUGGUCAAAGAUAGGGGCGUCCGUGGAACACUAUUGCAAAAAAUUGGACUUCUCACCAAAUAUCUCGAUGCCAACUCUUUGAAUCAACGAGUGUUUGAGCCAAUGUGCAGUGGAUUCAGUGACAGCAGUGCGGCGCUUCGAGAAUUGACACUCAAAUCGACGCUGGGAUUAGUCCCGCAUUUGACGGCACCCAACUUGGAAAAAUUGACCCGUUACUUGGUUCGAUUGCAGGCCGACACGGAAGUUAGUAUCCGAACCAACACGAUCAUUUUCAUUUCCAAAUUGGCGUCGAAUCUCACUCCCAUGGCACGAGAAAAAAUGAUUUUGCCGGCUUUUGUUCGGGCGUUGAAAGAUACGUUUGCUCCCUGUCGGUUGGCGACACUCCAAUGCAUGACGGGGACCUUUGAGUUCUUUGAUCCCCAGGGAUUGUCCAAUAAGUUGUUGCCAUCGAUCACGCCGCACUUGCUGGAUCCAGAUGCCAAUGUUCGCAAGGAGGCUUUCAAGGUUUCGAAAGCCUUGUUGGUGCGCCUGGAAGCAGAAAGCGACAAAAUGACAGCAAAAGAACAGGCCGAACGGGCGAAAGCGCAACAAGCGAAUGGUGUGAGAAGUGCUCCCAGCAGUGGAAACGCUCCUGCUGUGGCAACAGCCACGGCCACCGAGAGUGCGGGUUAUUUGGCUGGAUUUGCAUCCUGGAUGGCGUCUUCUUCCCUGCCUACUACCUCGUCAUCUGAUCCCAUGUCACCCCAACUCACGGCAGCAGCUGCUGCUCCCGCGCCACGUCCACCGCCUGCACCCAACAGUGCUCCCUUGCCGCCAAGAGCCAUGCAAGCUGCGCAGCAACAGUAUUCCGCAACGAACAAUAGCACCGCAACUUCCUUCGCUGCGACGAACAAAACCAUUUCAAACACGACAAUUACAGCUGCUAGUAGCAAUGACGGCUGGGAUGAUGUUGACGAUGGUGGCGGUGGCUGGGGAGACGAUGACUUGGACAUUAGUGCUGCUGAGCAGGAUCCGUUUGCUUCCAUUGGCAAGAAGACACCCACCGCAACUGCACCAAGAGCGUCUGGCCUUAGCAUGGGCGGUGUCAAGAAACUGUCCGUGCCCAAAAAGACUGCAGCCCCCGUUGCAGUGAGUAAGUUAUCCAUUGAUGAUGAUGAUGAUAUCGCCGAUGGGUGGGAUGAUUUUUAG